GAGCGCACCAGCUGCGCAAUCCAGCAGCACAGCACGAGCUCGCAGCACGCCCUGCAGCUCGCACGAGCGCGCGCAACGCUGGCCAUCGCGUCCUGUCGCGUCCGUCGUUCUCGGCGAGGUUGACGUCGUCUCGACAUGGCGGCAUCAGCAGCAGACGCAGCGGCGGCAGCACCGAGGGCCAUUGCCAAGCUCCCGGAGCACGUCGUCAACCGCAUCGCUGCAGGCGAGAUCAUCCAGCGUCCGUCCAACGCGCUCAAGGAGCUCAUCGAGAACGCGCUCGAUGCCGGCGCGACGAGCAUCCGCAUCACGGUCAAGGACGGCGGCCUCAAGCUCCUCCAGAUCCAGGACAACGGCAGCGGCAUCCGGAAAGACGACCUGCCCAUCCUGUGCGAGCGCUUCACCACGUCCAAGAUCAAGGCGUUCGAGGACCUGUCGUCGCUCGGCACGUACGGCUUUCGUGGCGAAGCGCUCGCGAGCAUCAGCCACGUCGCCCACCUCAUCGUGACGACCAAGACUCGCGACGAGACCUGCGCCUGGAAGGCCGCAUACGCAGACGGUGACAUGGUCCCGGUCAAGUCGGGCAGCAAGGACUCGGCGCCUGUGCCGUGUGCGGGCAACGACGGGACGGUUCUCGCUGUCGAGGACCUGUUCUACAACACGCCGCAGCGCCUGAAAGCUCUUCGCUCGGCCGCCGACGAGUACGCCCGCAUCCUCCAGGUCGUCAUCGCCUACUCGAUCCAUAACGCCGGCGUCGCCAUGUCGUGCAAGAAGGCGUCCGCCGGCUCGUCCAACGCAACGGCCGACGUCAACACGACCGUCGGCGCGAGCACGCUCGACAACAUCGGCGCGACGUACGGCGAGCCGGUCAAGAGCCAGCUCUUCGAGGUGGCGGCCGACAGCGCCGAGCCGAGGGUCAAGCUUCGAGCGUGGUGCAGCGGGACCAACUACCAGGGCAAGAAGGGCCGGUACCUGUUCUUCAUCAAUAACCGCUACGUCGACUGUUCGCCCCUCAAGCGUGCUCUCGAGGCCUUCUACUCGAACUUUCUCGCCAAGGGCACGCACCCGUUCGUCUACCUCAGCCUCGAGCUCGACCCGAACAAGGUCGACCCGAACGUGCACCCGACCAAGAAGGAGGUCGGCUUCGAGGACGAGACCGAGAUCGUCGAGCUCGUGUGCGAGCGUCUCGCCGACGUGCUGGCGAGCCAGGGCGACAGCAGGAGCUUCAAGGUGCAGGUCCCUCCUCGUCCAUCCUCCACGACUACGCCUACCACGUCGACAGCUCGCAAGCCGGCCGGCUCGUCGUCGAGCAAGCCGUCCAAGGUCGCGCCCAACAAGCUCGUCCGCACCGACGCCCAGUCGCAGACGCUCGACGGCCUGUUUCCGACCAUCCCGUCGGCAUCCAAGCUCCGCAAGGCGACCACGACGAGCGGUGCGACGGCGCACCGCAGCGCGAGGGUGCGCAUUGCGCAGAGCGAGUGCGCCCUGACGAGCGUCAAGCAGCUGAGGAAGGAGGUGCUCGAGGCGCGGCAUCAAGGUCUCGAGGACGUCGUCAAGAACCACAUCUUCGUCGGCGUCGCCGACUAUGCGACGUCGCAGUCGGCGAUCCAGCACGGCACCAAGCUCUACCUCGCCAACCACGCCGUCUUCGCCGAGGAGCUCUUCUACCAGCUCGGCCUGCGCCAGUUCGGCCGCUUCUCGCGUGUCCGCCUCAAGCCGGCGCACAACGUGCGCAAGUUGCUGCACCUCGCGGUCGACAAGGCGAGCGCGAACGGCGCGAGGGAGGGCAAGACGUCGUGGAGCUCGGACAAGAUCGUCGAGCACGUAUACACGUCGCUCUUCGACGCUCGCGCCAUGCUCGACGAGUACUUUGCGUUCGGCAUCUCGGACGACGGCGCGCUCGAGUCGCUGCCGCUCGUCCUGCCCGGCUACCAGCCAGACAUCCUCAAGCUCCCUCUCUUCCUCCUGCGCCUCGGCGCUCACGUCGACUGGCAAGCCGAGAAGCCGUGCUUCGACGGCUUCCUGCGCGAGCUCGCCUUCUUCCACUCGCCGGCGCCUUCGCCCGACCUGCCGACGCCGAACCCCGAGUCGCAGGCCCAGGCCAAGCACGCCGUCGAGCACAUCCUGUGGCCGACCAUGCGGCAGUACCUCGUCCCCAGCGACAAGCUCAUCGAGGACAAGGCCGUCGUGCUCGUGACAAAACUCGAGCACCUGUACAGGACGUUCGAGCGGUGCUGAGCGGGUGGAGCAGAGAGACGAGGGA